AUGGCUGGAAAAAAGGGCAAGUCCAGCGACAAAGCUGGAAACAACAAGUUGAAAAAUGAUGUUGUACCGGAUGAGCGUUUGCAAGCCAUCGUGCUGACGGACUCGUUCGAGACCCGUUUCAUGCCCUUAACAGCGGUGAAGCCCAGAUGUUUGCUGCCUUUGGCUAAUGUUCCGUUGAUAGAGUAUACUUUGGAAUUUCUUGCUAAGGCAGGUGCCAGUGAGGUUUACUUAAUGUGUGCAUCGCACGCUGAACAAAUGAGCGAAUAUAUCGAACAGUCUAAAUGGAACCAGCCGUGGUCGCCCUUCCGUGUUUCGACCAUCAUGUCGCUUGAAUCGCGGUCUGUAGGCGAUGCCAUGCGUGACUUGGAUAAUAGAGGCAUUGUCACCGGCGACUUCAUACUGGUGAGCGGAGACCUCGUCACGAAUAUGGAGUUUGACAAGGCACUGGACUUUCAUCGCAAGAGGAAGGCCGAGGAUAAAGACCAUAUAGUUACCAUGUGUCUGAGCAGAGCAAGCCAGCUUUUCAGAUCGAGAUGCCACGAACCCGCGGCUUUCAUUCUGGACAAGUCCAAUGAUAAAUGCUUAUACUACCAAGAUAUCCCAUUGGAGAAUUCCAAGCUCAAAAAUGCUAUUGCAAUCGAUCCUGAGCUUCUGGAAGACGUGGACGAAUUUAAGAUCCGUAAUGAUCUGGUCGACUGUCACGUUGACAUCUGCUCUCCUCAUGUACCAGCCAUCUUCCAAGAGAACUUUGACUACCAAUUCUUGAGAAGAGAUUUUGUCAAGGGUGUUUUAACCAGUGAUCUGCUAAAAAAGAGCAUAUACGCAUUCAUCACAGACGAUUAUGCUGCUCGUGUCGAAAGCUGGCAGACGUACGAUGCCAUUUCGCAGGACUUUAUCGCCAGAUGGUGCUACCCUAUGGUUUUGAACUCGAAUCUGCUUGACGACCAAACGUACUCUUACGAGUCCGAACAUAUAUAUAAGGAGAAAGACGUGGUAUUAGCACAAUCGUGCAAGAUUGGCAAGUGCACGGGAAUUGGAUCUGGAUCAAAGAUUGGGGAAGGUACCAGCAUUGAAAACUCUGUUAUUGGGAGAAACUGUCAUAUCAAAGAAAACAUUGUGAUAAAGAACAGUUUCAUAUGGGACAACGUUACAAUUGGAAGCGAUUCCGUGGUGGAACAUGCUCUGGUUGCAUCGAACGUUAGCAUUGGCUCGGGCGUUGUUUUAAUGGAUGGAUGUGUUAUUGGUUUCAAUGUUUCGAUCGACGAUAACAUGACAAUACCAGUGGGCACAAGACUUUCGGACACGUAUGUUCACAAGCCCGUUUCUCAAUUUUUGGACAGCGAGCCAUAUAGCGAUGACGAAGUUGAAGAGUCCGAAGCAAAUCCUGAUAACGCUCUACCUGCAUUGGCACUGGUCGGCGCAAAUGGCGUUGGAUAUGUCUAUGAAAGCGACGACGCCCACGACGACGACGAAGACAGUAGUGUGGUGUUCAACGGCACGAACGCACUGACGCACCGUUUCGAUGACUUGUAUUUGAGUGACAACUCGAUCUCAUCCAUGUCGGCUAAGCACAAGAAAAAGCGUCGGUCUUCAACGAACAGCACUGCAGCAGCCAAUGGCCGCGACGACGAAUACUACGAAGAGGACAUGGACGAGGAUGAAGACGAAGAAGAUUUUGCUGCAGAGGCUAUUGCAACUGUAGAGAGAGCCAUGGAGAACAACCAUGAUAUUGACACAGCUCUGCUGGAGCUCAAUACAUUGCGCAUGAGCAUUAACGUCACAUACCAAGAGGUGAGAUCGGCUACCGUGGUCGCCUUGCUGAGAAGAGUGUACCAUUUCAUUGCCACGCAGACCUUGGGUGCAAAAGAUGCUCUUCUGAAGGUGUUUGGUCAAUGGGGACCCUUGUUCAAGCGACAGGCAUUUGACCAAGACGAAUACGUGGACCUAGCGAACCUCAUUUUGGAGAAAACCGUGGCCCAACGGUUCGAAAAACCAGAGUUUAUCGUUUUCACAGCAUUGACGUUCCUGUACGACCAAGACAUUCUAGACGAAGACGCCGUUGAUGCUUGGUGGAGCCAGGUGUCACAAGAUCCGAAAUACGACCAAGCGAAAGUCCUGAUUGCGAAGUGGAUCGAAUGGCUCAGAACCGCUGACGAACAAUCCAGUUCUGAAGAAGGGUCUGAGGAAAGCGAUAGCGAGUGA